AUGUACCACCUUGGACAGGAUCUGCCGGGCAACGACGUGGACGACAUCGAGGAUCUGAUAUCCGCAGACGAUGUGAAGCCACGGGAGCGAUACGAAAACAAGAAGAGUGUGACAGUGCGCGCCAAGAAACGCAUCCAAGUCCGGCCAGAAACCGAGGAGGAGGAGAAACCCAAGCCCACGAUCCACGAGAGUGUGAUACCCGGCACGCAGAAGGUCUUUGUGAAGACAUGGGGCUGCGCCCACAACAACUCCGACUCGGAGUACAUGGCCGGUCAGCUGGCUGCCUACGGAUACAGGUUGAGCGGCAAGGAGGAGGCGGAUCUGUGGCUGCUCAAUAGUUGCACGGUUAAGAAUCCCUCGGAGGACACGUUCCGCAACGAGAUCGAGUCAGGCAUGCGGAAUGGCAAGCACGUCGUGGUCGCCGGUUGCGUCCCCCAGGGAGCUCCCAAAUCUGAAUACCUAAACGGUCUUUCCAUCAUCGGUGUCCAGCAGAUCGAUCGGGUGGUGGAGGUCGUUGAGGAGACCCUUAAGGGUCACAGCGUCCAGCUGCUGCAGAACAAGAAAAAGGUUCACGGUCGCCGGGUGGCUGGAGCUGCUCUCUCGCUGCCCAAGGUGCGCAAGAAUCCGCUGAUCGAGAUCAUAUCCAUCAACUCUGGAUGCCUGAACCAGUGCACCUACUGCAAAACCAAGCAUGCCCGCGGCGAUCUAGCCAGCUACCCGCCAGAGGAGGUUGUAGAGCGCGCCCGUCAGUCCUUCGCCGAGGGAUGCUGUGAGAUCUGGCUAACGUCCGAGGAUACUGGAGCCUAUGGUCGGGAUAUAGGAAGCUCUCUGCCGGAGUUGCUCUGGCAACUGGUGGAAGUGAUUCCCGAGCACUGCAUGCUGCGUGUGGGCAUGACCAAUCCACCUUAUAUCUUGGAGCACCUUGAGGAGGUGGCUAAGGUGCUGCAGCACCCUCGAGUCUACUCCUUUUUGCAUGUUCCCGUGCAGAGUGGCAGCGACUCCGUGUUGGGCGAGAUGAAACGAGAGUACUGUCGGCAAGAGUUCGAGCAUGUCGUGGAUUUUCUGAGAGAGCGUGUACCCGGCGUCACCAUUGCCACUGACAUCAUCUGUGGGUUCCCCACCGAGACCGAGGCUGAUUUCGAGGAGACGAUGACGCUGUGCGCCAAGUACCGUUUUCCCAGCCUGUUCAUCAAUCAGUUCUUCCCGCGUCCGGGCACGCCAGCUGCUAAAAUGGAGCGCAUACCCGCCAACCUGGUGAAGAAGCGAACCAAACGACUCACAGAUCUCUUCUACAGCUAUGAACCAUAUGCGGAAAGAGUGGGUGAAAUAUACACUGUUCUGGUCACAGAAGUUUCCCACGACAAGCUCCACUAUGUGGGCCACAACAAGAGCUACGAGCAGGUACUGCUACCCAUGCGGGAAAAUCUGUUGGGCACUCGUGUCCAUGUGCGAAUCACCAGCGUCAGCAAAUUCAGCAUGGUCGGAGAGAUUUUGGACGACGAACGGGAUUGGACGAGAUGUGCAAAAAAGCAGGAGGUACCAGAGGUCCACGUCCAAACCAGGAGCCGGGAACAGCUGAUCCAGCGCUAUGUGGGCAUUGCCCUAGUAGUGGGAGGUCUGGCUUUCCUGAUUCAACUGCUCUUACGGUUUCUUUAGCUACUUCAAUAAAACAAACUUUCGAUCCGAAUUCAUAA